GCUCAUUCUCUGAUGAGUGAGGGCAGUGUUGUCAGCCUCUCUGCUGCGCUUCCCGCGUGCGGACCCACACUAACGGAGUUAAGGAACAGUUUGAAAUACAGCAAAGAAGUGGAAACAUGCAAGACUGCCAACAAAAGGAAUAUUUAACAGAGACUGGUUGCUGGCCCCUGCCCUUAUGAAAAAAUCCUGGCUCCGCCACUGUACAUGAUGACUAAACAUCAGAACAGAAGCAGGUCAAAGGCUGAACCCAGUGCUGUGGAUCUCCAUGAGUAACCAGACAGAGCUCCCUGCUGCCCCUUCAUGCCUCUGUCAGUUCCUUGACGCCCACCUUUCACCCUCUAUCUCCCCACCUGACCGUUACACCUCCUCAAUCUUCUUCCCUUAAAUGAUGUGGUUCGCGAUCCGUGCUCUGCUCCUGGUGAUGCUGGGUGCCGAGAUCCUGCUUUCCAGCGGAGACUCUCCCCGCAGAGAAAUUAAAAUUGAUGGGGACCUGGUUCUGGGAGGCCUCUUUCCCAUCCACGAGAAGGGCAUCGGCAUGGAUGAAUGUGGCCGGAUCAAUGAAGACCGUGGCAUCCAACGGCUUGAGGCAAUGCUCUUCGCCAUAGAUCAGAUCAACCAGGACGUAGGUCUGCUACCGGGCGUGGCUUUGGGCGUCCACAUCUUGGACACAUGCUCGAGGGACACCUAUGCUCUGGAACAGGCGCUGGAGUUCGUCAGGGCCUCGCUUACAAAAGUGGAUGAUACAGAGUUCAUCUGUCCCGAUGGUUCCUACGCACUUCAGGAAGACAGUCCGCUGGCCAUAACUGGUGUCAUUGGGGGAUCUUUUAGCAGCGUCUCCAUACAGGUGGCCAACCUGCUGCGGCUAUUUCAGAUCCCUCAGAUCAGCUACGCCAGUACCAGCGCCAAACUCAGCGACAAAUCCCGCUACGACUACUUCGCACGCACAGUCCCUCCAGACUUCUACCAGGCCAAGGCCAUGGCUGAGAUCCUGCGUGCCUUCAACUGGACCUACGUUUCCACUGUUGCCUCCGAGGGUGACUACGGAGAGACAGGAAUCGAAGCCUUCGAGCAGCAAGCCCGUUUGAGAAACAUCUGCAUCGCUACUUCGGAAAAAGUGGGGCGAUCAAGCGCGAAACGGUCUUCGUACGAGGCGGUGGUCCGUCAGCUUCUACAGAAGCCCACAGCCCGUGUGGCCGUGCUUUUUCUGCGUAGCGACGAUGCUCGAGAACUCAUCGCGGCCGCCGCACGCCUCAAUGCAUCGUUCCUCUGGGUAGCAAGUGACGGCUGGGGGGCGCAAGAGAGCAUCGUCAAAGGGAACGAAUUCACGGCGGACGGGGCGAUCACGCUGGAGCUAGCGGCUCAUCCUUUACCAGAGUUCAACCGCUACUUCCAGAGCCUCACGCCCUUUAAUAAUCAUCGCAACCCAUGGUUCAAAGACUUCUGGGAGCAAAAGUUUCAGUGUUCAUUGGGCGGGCCUUCGGCAGCAGGGGCGGGAACCCCAAAGCCACCUUGUGACCCAGAGUUGGCUGUGGACAGCUCAAAUUUUGAGCCAGAAUCAAAGAUUAUGUUUGUCGUAAACGCCGUGUAUGCCAUGGCCCACGCCUUGCACCGAAUGCAACGUACUCUUUGCGCCAACACCACACGCUUGUGCGAUGCCAUGCGCAGUCUCGAUGGCAGGAAACUCUACCGGGACUUUCUGCUUCACGUCAACUUUAGAGCUCCAUUCUCCCCUGUCGGCUCGGAGAAUCAAGUAAAAUUUGACGCAUAUGGUGACGGAAUGGGCCGCUACAACAUCUUCAACUACCAGAGAGUGCCAGGCAGUGACAAGUUCACUUAUGUCCAGGUCGGGGAGUGGGCGGAGAUUCUUUCUCUAAACGAGGGCUUGAUCGGCUGGCCAAGGGGAGCAGACGUGCCCACGUCUCAGUGCAGCGAUCCUUGCGCUCCUAAUGAGAUGAAGAAGAUGCAAGCGGGUGAAUACUGCUGCUGGAUUUGCACUCCCUGCGAGCCCUAUGAAUACCUGCCAGAUGAGUUCACAUGCAUGCCCUGCGCAUCUGGCCAGUGGCCCCGUCCUGACCUGACCGGAUGCUACGACCUUCCUGAGGACUACAUCAUGUGGGAGGACGCUUGGGCCAUCGGGCCCAUCUCAAUUGCAUGCGUUGGCUUCAUCUGUACCUUAAUGGUCUUCAUCGUUUUCAUUCGACACAACGACACACCGCUGGUCAAAGCGUCCGGUCGCGAGCUGUGCUACAUCCUGCUGCUUGGUGUCUUCAUGUCGUACGUCAUGACUUUCAUAUUCAUCGCAAAACCGUCGCCUAUCGUGUGCACGCUGAGGCGGUUAGGCCUUGGUACCUCGUUUGCAGUGUGCUACUCUGCCUUGCUCACGAAGACCAAUCGCAUCGCUCGCAUCUUCAGCGGCGUGAAGGAGGGCGGGGCUCAGCGACCGCGCUUCAUCAGUCCCAGCUCACAGGUGUUCAUCUGUCUGUCAUUGAUCUCAGUGCAGCUCCUGUUAGUUUCCAUCUGGCUACUGCUGGAAGUUCCCGGGACGCGGAGAUUCACCACACCGGAGAAACGUCAGACUGUCAUUUUGAAGUGUAACGUAAGGGACUCUAGCAUGCUGCUCUCGCUAAGCUACAAUGUGGUUCUGGUGGUCCUCUGCACAGUCUAUGCCUUCAAGACCCGCAAAUGUCCAGAGAACUUCAAUGAGGCCAAGUUCAUCGGAUUCACCAUGUACACCACCUGCAUCAUCUGGCUGGCUUUUCUGCCCAUCUUCUACGUCACCUCCAGUGACUACAGGGUCCAAACCACAACCAUGUGUAUAUCUGUCAGUCUGAGCGGAUUUGUGGUGCUGGGCUGCAUGUUUGCCCCCAAAGUCCACAUCAUCAUGUUCCAGCCUCAGAAGAAUGUCACCAGUCAUCGGUUAAACAUGAACCGGUUCAGUGUAAGCGGGCCGGCCACUAGCUACGCGUCCCAUGCAUCCGUGAGCGCCCAGUACGUUCCAACGGUGUGCAACGGAAGAGAGAUUGUUGACUCCACCACUUCCUCUCUGUGACCCCGCCCCCUCCUCCAGACUCCUGCUCCUUAGCGACUGUUAGCCAAUCAGCACACAUUGUGCUCUGCCCAAGAACUAGGUCUGCCUACAAUGUGUAGAAAGUGUGUAUGAUUAUGAUUAUUAUUAAAUUAUUUUUAGGGCUCGUUGUAAAUAUUAACUGACAUUGUUGUAGAGAAACAAAAGAACAACAAAAAAAAAUCCUUUAUAGAGAGAUUUUGGAAACUUUUGUUUUGAUAGCUUUAUUAUGUAUGUUGUAAACGGCCAUGAUGUGAUGAUGUAAAACUCAAACCAGUUUUUGAUUGGGCCACAGUAGAGACUGACAGAAAUGGCUCCGCCUGCAAUACUGGACACAAUUUGUGGUCGUUUUCUUUUGUAGGCCUCAUUGUAAUAAUCUAAACUGUAUGUAUUUCUAUGUUGUACAUUUUGUACAGAAUCUUAACCGAUGGUUUUAACAGCACACGUCGACAGUAUUAGAGUCUACGCUGGUCAUGAGGUCCAGAGCAGGAAAACCAUCGAGUGAGCGCUCGCACCUCAAACUUCACGUCGUCUCAUUACAGGCAGUGGCUUGAUGCCAGAGGUUACAACACCAUUUUAGUAAACUGUCAUGACAUCUGAAAACAUAUUACAUUAACUGCAUCUCAUAAGCAUUAUGUUGAGAUGGCUGUGAUGCGGGUUUAUGUUGCAGAACAGAUACGCAGUGUUUCGAGACGUUAUAUAUGUUUACAUUGCCUGUGAUGAGUAGCCUUCAGGGACGGAAAGUCUGGAAGAUGAGCAUGUGAGGUACUGUGAAUCUUACAAAGUUGACACAUACCUCUUUUUCCAUCAUCAUGGUGCUGUUGCCAAUUUGCCGAAGAAAAAAAAAAAAAAAAACAUCUGCCCCUUAAACCGUGACAAACCAGUAAACAGUACUGUCAGAGGGCAAACAAUAGGUUAAUGUCCUCUCCAAAAAUAGUUUUCAAAACCACAAAAACUUAAACUGCAAAUAUUUAUAUAUAUAUUUGAAAAUAUACAUAUUUGCAAUAUACAUUUAUAUUUGUCUCUUAUGCUCACCAUGGCUGAAUUUAUUUGAUCAAAUAUAUAUAAAAACAGCAAUAUUGUGAAAUUAUAAUAAUUUAAAAGAAUUGAUUUAAAUGUUAUUUAUUCCUGUAAUGGCAUAGCUGAAUUUUAAGCAUCUUCAGUGUCACAUGAUCCUUCCGAAAUCAUCCAAAUAUGCUGAUUUGCUGCUCAAGAAAUAUUUCUUAUUAUUAUUAAUGCUGAACACAGUUGUGCUGCUUUAUAUUUUUGUGUACCCCAACUCUGGCACUGGCACCAUUUCAGUGGAAAAAUGGAUAAUCAGUCACAUUUUUGAUGUGGGAAAUGCUUUGUGAUGCAGUGAAUGUAAAAUGUAUUCUGUUGUUCAAAAUCGGCUUGUUGUGCCUUAUCAUUUGUCCUAUAGUUUUAAUACGAGAGGUUCCUCAGAGCCUUUUGGCGGGAGGGGACCGGGCCAUUUUUUUUACAGACAUCUUUUUUUACAUUUCAGAAGUUUUAUACAUUUCUAUGUUUUUCUGUUGGUUUGUUUGGAAGAGAGAGGGACACUCGGGUUCUUCGACAAGCUGACGAUUUAUAGAGAGCUAAAAUAUUAUAAGUUUGUUUUUAGCUCACGGCCAUCGCUUGGCCUCAAGGGAUUCUGUACAAUAUCACGUUACCUAAUGCAAGUGUCAAACUGUAUCAUGUAAUUUAAGGAUCAUCCAUUCUUGGCCCGUCAUGAAGAUAUAUAGUAAACAAACAUGUAACAGUAACCUAGAAAUGCUAAAGCUCUCAACAUCCAUAAUUCAUCAGCAUGGCGGCAAAGGAAAUCAUUUGUGUGUCAGUUAACAGUACCAGGAGGUGAACAUGCACAGCAGGAGUGAUAAAAUCAGAUAACAGAAAAAACAUAACCAAUCAAUGACAGAUUUAGUCUUCCAAUGGAGACGGAUUUGCUUACAGAAACACAAGAGAUGUAGUACAACUAUACACACACAUACAAUCAAAAUGCAGCCAAGCCCAUACUAUAUGCUUCCUCAUUUUUUCCCCCUUUUCACCCACUAAUUAGUGAUUACUUCUGCUGAAAAGUAGGGUUAGGAAUUUCAACAAACUCUUAAUCCUAAGUAAUGCCAUUAUGUAAUUAAAAUCAACAAUUUGUGCCUGGCAAAUGAUUAAAUCUUGUAAACAUCCAUUGGACUAACAUUGAAGUAGGAAUUAAAGCCGUAUCUAUGGAUUAGAAUAGAUAUGGACAACCCAGAGAGCAAAGCAUUGGAAACCAGCCAAAACACCAUAGUAACAUGGCAAACAACUGUCAGACCACCAUAGCAACUGCUUAGCAAUGCCCAGGAACCAGAUGAGAACAUCCUAACUGCAGAGUAAUGUUAAAAACCACUCAGAACACUCAAGCACAGUAACAUGAGAAAAAACAAUCAGAACACUAUAGCAACUGCAUAGUAACAUUCUAAAAACCACUCAGAACAUUUAUCAACUGCAUAGCAACAUGCUAAAAACCACCUAGAACACCUUAGCAACUGCAUAGCAACAUCCUGGAAACCACCUACAACACCAUAGCAGCAACCUAGAACAAUGACAUUCUAAAAACCACCCAGAACACCCUGGAACCUGCAUAGUAAGUAACAUACUAAAAACCACUUAGAACACCUUAGCAACUGCAUAGCAACACCCUGGAAACCACCUACAACACCCUAGCAACACCCCAGCACAAUGGCAUUCUAAAAACCAUCAAGAACACCCUAGAACCUGCAUAGUAAAUAACAUGCUAAAAACCA